AUAUACACUAAUACGAUUUAUACAGCGUUUACAUCAUUCGACGGAUUUAAGAAUGUUUACAUUUAUCGUGUAGUGUUCAUUGUAAACAAGACUUUAUCAAAUAGAUGUUAAAUAAUAUUUUAAUAAAGUAAUACUUUGAUUGUACAUUAUUUUUUAGUUAGAAAAUUAUUACAAUUUUACUAGAGUAGCCUUAAUGAAAAGAAAUAUUUUCGCUUAACCUCAUUUUUAUUUUUUAACAUGUAAAUGUGUUUUUGAUGCAAUGGAUAUUACUGCUCCUACCCCACAAGAUCUUCAAAGAAAACUAUAUUUUUUGGUGGAGCAACUCCAACACAUGGCUAGCGAACUUCCUCCAAAAUAUCAAAUGCGUCUUCCCUAUGAAUUGUUAUCUGGUUUAGCCAAUUCUCUAUUAAAUGAUACAAUAUUUGAAAUUGUUAAGGGAUUAAUGGAGAUACAGCAUGUUACAGAGAAGCAUCUUUUUCAACAACGUCUUCAGCUUUUGAAUCAACAGAAAAUUGAAAUGCAAGAAUCAUUAUCAUCAAUGUAUACAGAUGAAGAAAGAACAGCAAUAAAAGCAACAUUAUAUAAAAAGCACAAAGAAGAACUUAAGCAAAUGGACAUGAAAUUAGUCCUUCAACUAGAUCAGAAAGUAGCGGAUCAACAAAGUAUUUUAGAAAAGGCUGGUGUACCUGGCUUUUAUGUUACAAACAAUCCAAUAGAAAUUCAAGUUCAAAUGAGACUGUGUGAUUUCAUAAUUAGAUUGAGUAAAAUGGAAGUUCCAAGAUAAUUCAUAAUUCAUAAAUUUAUUACUUUUGAAUAAAAUAUUAAAUUGUAUAAUUUAUUUAUUUCAACAAAUUGUACAGUAGUUUAAUUAAUAUAGUAUUUCUUUUUGUAUAGUAGCCUUUUUCUAAAAAUAGUUAUUUACUAAUUAGUUAUAUAUAAAUAAUUUAAAAUAUGCACUGUAUUCACAGUUUCCUCUUAAAUUGGAAUAUCAACAAAACAUAUUUAUAGAAAUAUAUUCUUUUUUAUUAAUUAAAAAUUUUUUGUUUUUGCACUUCUAUGAAUUAUGUACAUCGUUUUUAUUUGUGUAGCAAAUAACACUGUACAAUGCAGAGUAAAAUCUGCAUACGGACAAGUCUUACAUCAUAUUGUGAAUGUUAAUGUGAAUUCCAUUAUUAUUACAGCUAUAAUAUGUGACAAUAAUAAAGAAUAUUAUUUUAUAUA